AUGUCAGAAAUGCAGGAUCCCACCAUCACCUUAAAGCAACAGAUUGCGGUCAAGCCUCAAGGGCCCGACAGUUACAUUUCAGUAAUCAAACCAACUCGCAUGGGCGAGCUCUCUGCCACUGUAUUUGGAGGAAAUAUUCUGGCAAUUGCGGUCAAUGCUGCCUACCAAACGAUAUCAACCACGCAUCACCUCUAUUCCAUAUCUGGUCAUUUUAUACGGCCAGCGACAACCGACCGAAAUUUGAUCUGUAAAGUGCAGAGAAUUCGCAAUACCAGGACUUUUGAAACCCGUCAUCUCCAAGUGAUUCAAAAGGCUGCAGAUGGAUCAGCUGUACUGUGUCUUAUCGCUUCCGCCGAUUUUCACAUCGAGGAGCCUAGGUCUAUGGUAGUUUACGCCAUUCCGCCUCGGUCAGGGCCACAGAUCAGUCACUAUGAACCUUUACGACAUGACCCUGUCCCGGAACGUCACGUUCUUUAUAGAUAUAUUGAACGCUUCACUGAUGUGCAGUCCAUCAGCAUCGGAGGAAAUGAGGAGGAAACACCAGCCACGUCUCGGAUAUCUGGAGAGAAAUUUCGAGUCAAAGGGCCUCUAGAAACUGAGGCUGAAAACAUGUCAGCGCUUGCAUUUUACUUGGACAAGGGGCUUGCUUAUAUCCCUGCAAAUCACAAUGGAUACGAACUCUCCGAAGCCAGUGCUUGCGCAACACUGGACUUUUCCCUUCGAAUAUUUACUCAUAAAUUGAACCUUGAGAAUUGGCAUACUAUCGAGCAACAAACAAUCGCGGCGGAGAAUGCGAGAGCUUUCAGCGAAGGGAGAGUUUGGAAUGAUUCUGGCCACCUGAUUGCUAGUAUGACACAACAGACCAUUCUACGUCCCCGAGCUGAUUUUCAGUCUCGUAUAUGA